AUGAUGACACUGCACCCAAACCAGAAGGAGAACGACGACCAUCGGGAGAUGACGGAGGAGGUUCAGCGGAGCUUGCUUUUCGUGUCGAAGUCCAAGGCGUGUACGGAGCAGGAGGAGAUGGAGCAGGACAGCGCGGGAUCGUCGGAGGAGAUGGAGUCGCCGAGGUCGGUUGGGCGAUGGAGGCGGAGGGCGAAGAGGGCGGGCUGCGUGCAUAGCCAGAUCUUGAGAAUUAGGGAGGAGGACGCGCAUCUCGGCGAGAGUACCAGUUUUCGGCGCCAAAGAUAA